AUGAGUACUCAUGAUGGUUGUGGUGAUGAUAAUUCAUCAGUUCAACAAGUGCGUGACACGCCCGUAACUCCGUCGAAUUCUACUCGUGUCCUUGUUCAUGAAACCACGGUGGAACCGAUUAAUGAUCGUGAUAUAAGUAUGUUACAUAUGAUCGGUUAUGGCAUCGGUCAUUUUUAUAACGAUUUAUGCGCAAGUAUGUGGUUCACAUAUCUGAUGCUCUUCUUCGAAAAAGUACUCAACUUUAAAAGUUCUUUGGCUGGUGCAUUAAUGCUUAUUGGACAGGUAACUGAUGCAGUCAGUACACCAUUAGUUGGUAUGGCCAGUGAUGGCUCAUUGAUGCCAUCGUUUCUGCUUCGAUUCGGUAGACGCAUUUCAUGGCACGCAAUUGGAACCAUAUGCGUGAGUAUAUCAUUUCCAUUCAUUUUCAACAAAUGCUUUGCGUGUUGUUCAACCACUUCGGAGGGAUGGCGUCUUGUUUGGUUUUUACCGUUCAUUAUGCUUUUUCAAUUUGGUUGGGCGUCAGUGCAGAUUUCUCAUCUAGCAUUAAUACCAGAAUUAUCUGGCACACAGCGUUGUCGAUCCAUAAUGGGAUCAAUCAGAUACAGCUUCACUGUGGUUGCGAAUCUUAGCGUAUUCGGUUUAUUGGCUAUCUUUCUCAAUUCGGGUACACAACGCGGCAUUUCUUCGGCGGAUCUUGUUCAUUUUAGGAAUUCAGCGCUAAUAGUAAUAGGCGCUGGCUUGUUUACGUCGUUCAUAUUCUACCUAACAACACGUGAACCGCAAUCAGGAAGAAGAAUGAGUCGUUUGAAUUCGAUUACUUCAGAAGCAUCGAUCAUGAUGAAAAUGUCUUGGAGGAACUGGUUCAGAUAUUUGCAGUUUUAUGAGAUAGCAAUUCUUUACAUGUUAUCACGUUUAUACAUUAACGUCUCUCAAGUAUAUUUCCCGUUCUACAUAACACUUGCUCAAAAUUAUCCUAAGCAAUACGUUGCAAUACUUCCGAUCGUUUCGUAUACAUCGUCUUUUAUUGUGUCAUCGAUUAUCAGUGCACCGUCAAUUGUGGCUCGUAUUAAUCGCAAGGCAUUAUAUAUGACCGGAUGUGCAGUUGGUCUUGGAAAUUGUGCUUGGAUGUUCUUUCCAUUACAUAGUGGUUCCAUUUACGUAGUUGCCAUUUUAUUGGGUAUUGCACAGGCCAUUUUAUUGGUUACAUCACUAGCGAUUACUGCAGAUUUAAUUAAUAUGAAUACGGAGAGUGGUGCAUUUGUAUAUGGAACGAUGAGUUUCCUGGACAAGUUAGCGAAUGGUCUUGCAUAUCAAAUUAUACAGUUGCUUGCGCCAGAUUGCGAUUUAAACGCAAGUGGUUCAUGUGAACAGUUCUAUCGUAAGGUAAUGGUAUUUGUUCCUGGUGGAUGUCUUGUACUAGCAGUUAUAAUAUGCGUUACACUUAUACCACAAAAAAUUGGCAAACGAUCUAAGCAUCAUCGACAUUCAAUACAUCAUUGUGGUCUGUGA